AUGGCGGACCUUAAUUCUUGGGAAGACGAUAAAGACGCCCAGGAUGAUGCCAACCUUGCUCAGAGGACAGCGCAACAGCUCCAGAUGAACGCUGGUCCUGGAGGGGCAUAUACGCCGAAUGUUGGUGCAAAUUCCUUUCAGCCAGGCGCCUCGUCUUUCCAGCCCCAAAAUUAUGGCCAAUAUGGUGGAUACGCUGGUGGGCAAUAUCAGCAAUCCUACGAUCAAACCGGAUAUAGUGGGCAACAGCAACAAUAUGGACAAUACCAACAGUACAAUCAACAAGGCUAUGGCGGCUAUGGUGGGCAACCCCAAGCUGGGGUUUACGGCAACUACCAGGCGCCACCACCGCAGCAGGUCUCACAGCAAAGACAGACUCCGGUCAUUGCAAAGAGACCAGCUGGCGAAUCCGAUCCCUCUGCCGCACCGAAAUCACAAGAGAAACCUGCCUCGGGUGCACCCCCUAAGGCCAAGGUGUUGUCUGUGACUGGAGACACUUCCGCCCCUCCUAAAGCUAAGGUUCUCUCUAUUACCGGUGAUACCAAGACUCCAAAGGUUGAAAAGGCUGGACAAACGAAAGUUUUGACUUUGGGAACCACUGUCCCGCCAGCGUCUCAGUCAUCGGCGAAGGAGAAUGUCGACAAAUCCGAACCUGCAGCCGGAUCCAAAGUCACGGCGGCGAAGGCUCUGGAGAAGGCCGGCGAGGGUUCCUCCUCAUCGCCAACUGCUGGCUCCGGGAAGUCUUCUCCCACGGGACGAAGCAGCCCAGGACGCAGCAGUCCUCAACGAGCAGAGGCCCGUCAAGCGGCUCGGGUAGCCGAUGCAGUCCAGAAAGAGCAGGAGGACUUGAUCGACGAAAAUACCCUCAAAGAAAUCUACGGAAAGGAGCACGUCAACGUGAUUUUCCUGGGUCAUGUCGAUGCGGGGAAGAGCACUUUGGGCGGAAGCAUCCUUGUCGCGACGGGAAUGGUUGAUGAGCGAACCCUGGACAAGUACCGAAGAGAGGCGAAAGAAGCAGGCCGAGAAACCUGGUACCUUUCGUGGGCCUUGGAUCUGACCAAAGAGGAGCGCUUGAAGGGCAAAACGGUCGAGGUUGGGCGAGGGUUCUUCGAAACCGACAGGCGGCGCUAUAGUAUCCUCGAUGCUCCUGGCCACAAAACCUUUGUUCCCAACAUGAUCGGAGGUGCUAGUCAGGCUGAUGUAGGCGUACUGGUCAUUUCGGCACGAAAGGGCGAAUACGAGACCGGCUUUGAAAAGGGUGGGCAAACAAGAGAGCAUGCCAUGCUUGCGAAAACGCAGGGUGUCAACAAGCUCAUCGUGGUUGUGAACAAGAUGGACGAUAUUACCGUGGAGUGGAGUGAGGAAAGAUAUAAAAACAUCCAAUCGAAGCUCACGCCUUUCUUGAAAGGCGUCGGAUACAAUCCAAAAGACGCAGAUCUUAUCUUCAUGCCGGUCUCCGCACAAACAGGGUUGGGAGUGAAGCAACGCGUUACCAAUGACAAAUGCUCAUGGUACGAUGGGCCUUCAUUGCUUGAAACGCUGGACAACAUGAAAACCCUGGAACGCAAGCUCAACGCCCCAUUCAUGAUGCCCAUCGCCGCCAAGUAUAAGGACAUGGGCACCAUGAUUGAAGGCAAGAUUGAGUCGGGAGUCAUCAACAAAUCCGGGAAUUACCUGAUGAUGCCGAAUCGAGAGAGUAUCUCGAUUUCCGCACUCUACGGUGAGACCGAAGAGGAGAUUCCGCGAUCCGCCUGCGGUGACCAGGUCCGGCUCCGGAUUCGCGGCGCUGAAGAGGAAGACAUCCUGCCCGGAUUUGUCCUGUGCUCUCCGAAGCGACCGGUCCAUUGCGUCAACGCGUUCGAGGCGCAGAUCGUCCUGCUGGAUCUGAAGUCGAUCUUGUCCGCCGGGUACAACUGCGUCAUGCACGUGCACGCGGCGACGGAAGAGGUCACGUUCACCGCCCUCCUGCACAAAUUGGAGAAAGGCACGGGACGCAAGAGCCGAAAGGCGCCCGGGUUCGCCACGAAGGGAAUGAGCAUCAUCGCCCGAUUGCAGAUCACCGGCGCAUCGGGCAAUGUGUGCGUGGAGCGAUUCGAGGAUUAUCCUCAGCUUGGACGGUUCACAUUGAGGGAUCAGGGACAAACCAUCGCCAUCGGGAAGAUCACCAAGCUUAUUACUGAUGAGACCCCUGCGUAA